AUGACUCAAAAGAAGAACCGAAACUCUAAUGUACAAUCCGGAAAAGCGAAUGGGCCUUCUCCAACGAAAAGCCUUGGGAAGAAGCGACCGCGAGAAGAAAGUGUAGAUAAUGAUGAAAUCGAAGACAAGUCUGAUGCCGUUCAAGUUAAGAAGCUCAAACAAAUGGUUGCUGACGAUGUGGAGGAUUCUGAGAGCACGGAUGUUGAUGUUGAAGAGGAAAGCGAAGGUGACUCUGAGGAUGAGAGCUAUGAAUUUGGAGGUGAAGAAGACUCCGAUCAUGACGGAGACAGUGAUGAUGAAUCUCCUGAGAAGGUAGUCAAAUUGCCGAACUCUCAGAAGGCACAUCAGCAGCAUCAAGCGUCUGCCAAGCCUAAUCAGAGCAAGUCGAAGAUUAUUUCCAAGGUUCCGGAGCAGAAAAUGGGAGUCCAGGAGCGUACCAAGGUGUCGGCGUCCAAUGUUCUCCUUUUUAACAUUCCCAGGCUAAGCGAGAAUGAAUUACAAGGUUUUCUCGCAAAGCGCAAUGUUAGCCCAGAGCAGGUGUCCUGCAUAAAUUCUCCUGUUGCCCUUCUGGGGUUCGCAAAUGAAGCAGCCGCGGCGAAGGCGAUUUCAGUGUGUUCCGGAGCAGCCUAUGGCCAAAGUUCUCUUGCUGCUGUGUCGAUCACGGGUGGGGACAUCGAGUUGAUUCGUUCAAGUAAGAAUCCUCAUCCGGGUAGGUCUGAUGCUCCUCUCACGUGUGUGUUUGUAACUUCCCUCCCGAAGUUUGUAACGGACAAGGAGAUCUUGAAGGUUAUUGGUAUCGAGCCAAAGCAUCUGCGGCUUAUCACAUCGGGACGCAAAAACCAAGUCUAUAAUGCGUGCUACGUUGAUUGUAAUUCUGAAGUUGAUGCGCAAAAGGCUUUCCAGGCGCUUCAAAGUCAUAGAUUUGGCGAUACACAAGUUAAGGCGUUUUUGAAACCUCAAAGCAAUUUCAAUCCCGUCACUGAAACCUCACUGAUUGUUGCCAAUGUGCCCUUCAGUGCUGAGAUUGAUGAUAUGAAGAAGCAGUUUCCGUCGGCGAAAAAAGUUGAGCUGACUCGAAGGGGAUGCUUCAUGCUCAACUUCGAUAGUGCAGAAGAUAGAGAUAAAGUUCUUAAAGAGUCGGAAGGAAAGACCAUGGGAGGUCGUGUUCUACGUUUUAUAAGCUCUGACAAACCUAGUGCUGAUUACUCCGUUUUUGUCUCGAACAUUGCUUUUGCUGUCACGGCGGAUGAGUUGAGGGUCGCUUUUCCUGGGUGCAAGAAUGUUUCUAUGAAGAAGAGGAAGGAUGGGCGGUUUAACGGUAAUGCAAUUGUAUACUUUACGACUAAAGAGGCGGCGGAAGCUGCGGCAAUGGAAGGUGCCAAGAAGGAACUCAAGGGAAGGCUUCUUAAAACGAAAUUACAGGACGGAUUUGGUGGUUCUUUGGGUGAUAAACAGAAGGAAGUUGAGAAACCGAAGCUUCAGGUAGAAGGUAAAAGAAAGACGCAGCUUCCUGCUCAAGUAGGGAGCGAAUCUGAGGAAGAAGGUGAUGGCGGGGAAUCGGAUGAUGAGGGAAAUGACGACGACAACGAUGACGACGACGAUGAUGAUGAUGGUACUGAGGACGAGGACGAGGAAGAGGAGGAGGAGGAGGAGGAGAGCAUUGAUGUAGAUGCUGAUAUGGUUGAGGGCGACGAGUCCGGCAGCGAUGUUAAGGGGGAGGCGGAGGACGUGGCGGUGGAUCUGUUCAUCGUGGGAAUCGCGGUGGUGGGCGAUUUCAAAAUCGCGGCGGUCGUGGAGGAAGGGGACGUGGAGGACCUUUUAAAAAAUAAACUAGUGCGAAUUCAUAUGAGUAACACGCAUGGCGCAUCGUCGCCUGUGGGUGCGUAUCAUGCUGCGCCGGAUUCUCGUAGUCUGUGUGUCUGCGGCUAUCCGGAAGAGAUGAGUGAGGCUGAUCUCUACUCCUUCUUUCCCUCUGCCGUUAGCAUCUCGUGUCAACGAAUGGGUUCUUCAUCUUGUUUGAUGCAAUUUCAAUCGGCUGUCGAUUGUCAGGCUGCUUUCGUCGAAUGUCAAAAUGGCAAACUUGUAGGAGGUCGAAAUGUGAAGGCUCGGAUUGUUCCUUCUGUUGGUUUCGCUGGUCAAUCCCGCAUUGGGCGUGGUUACAGGGGCUACGGUACAAACUCUCCUAGAGAUUAUGGCGGUAAUUACCACUGUCAAAGCUCCAAUUGCACGCUGACUCUGCGCAAUUUGGCCUGGUCUGUGACAGAAGGUGACCUAAUUCGGGAAUUCCCUCGUGCAGUCAGUGCCUCCAUAAAGUUGGACGAAGGAAAUCGUUCUCGAGGAUGGGGAACAAUGACGUUUGCCAAUCCAGAUGAUUGCCGACAUGCUGAGGCUGAGUGUUUGACAAAAUCUAUAAAUGGAAGGCCUAUACGUGCAGAAAUUGGGAACUCAUUCGACAGGCCUCGUGACGAUGGUCACAGAGGAGGGCAUGGCUGUCGACGAUCUUUCUGUGGUCGCUACAAUGUUGCUGAUAGCAGAAAUGGAGGUAGACGCGGAGGCGGUAGUUAUGGUGAAGAGGAUAUGCAUCAGCGCCGUCGAUACAGUGCUGUAGAUGGGAAUGAGAGGCGAUUUUGUGGCGUCGACAAUAGCGUUGGUGGCUUCACAAGUCACCGUCGUGGCGGUGACCUCGAUCGGGAUCGAAGAGAUCGCAGUCCAGGCUACUGGCGUACCGGUGGUGGGGCUAGAAUAACCUCGGCUGUUAUUCGUCGCGCCCCUGGCGAUUCAUCUGACUCUGACUUCGACAAUCGUGGUUAA